AAUGGAAAAGUCUCGAACACCAAGAGAAAGAGCGGCCGUAAAGAAGCAUGUUGAAAAGAUUAAGGAGGAUUAUGUAAAAUUAUGCGACAGAUACGGGAUUAGAGUGACGUCUAUGGUGCUACGUCAUUUAACGUCUAAACGAAUUUCCUUAUCUGGUCACUGUAUGGGGGAUUUGGGAGUGAAGAUAUUAGCUGUUACGUUGACAAACAACAACUUUGUGGAGCAUUUAGAUUUAUCUGAAAAUUGGAUCUCCUCUGCAGGUAGCAAAUUCAUAGCGGAGAUGCUACUUAAAAACUCCAGACUAUCUUCUCUGAACUUAUCAGAGAAUAAACUACAAAGUGAUGGAGUUAGAUUUAUUUGUGACUCGUUAAGAGUUAAUCACUACAUCUCGUGGUUAGAUUUAUCCGGAAACUCUUUGGAGGAUAAAGACGCUAGUUACUUAGCCUAUUUGCUAGAAAACCACUCGAUUCUACGCUAUCUACGAUUAGCCCAUAAUCGUUUUUCGGAUGAUGCUGCGGAAAAAAUGGCAAUAGCACUUGGCAAUAAUGAGACUCUACAACAUUUGGAUCUCAGCUGGAAUCAUAUAAGGGGUAAGGGGGGAUCAUAUUUAGGUAGGUGUCUAUCGGAAAAUGUCUCUCUCAAAACGUUAAAAGUCGAAUGGAACGGCUUAUCUUUUGAAGGAAGUGAAGCAUUUGGAGAGGGUUUAUCAAAAAACCGGACACUUAAGCAUUUAGACCUCUCUUGCAAUAGGAUCGAUGUAAGAUGCGUUCAAUUUAUCGCAAAAGCCCUCAUGAUCAAUGACGGCCUUGAAAUUCUCGAAUUAAGUAGAAAUCCAUUAAGUUCUACAGGCGUUGAAGUAAUUCUUAGAUCAUUGAAUAAUGAUAUAACCAAUUUAAAAAAAUUAAAUAUACUUGGAGUUCCUAUAGAGAACGUCGACAUUGGACGCCUUGUUAGACUAUUAGAGUCGAAUAGGGAUAUGAAAAUUGACUAUGGAUUAUAUAAAAACAACAACUACGGUAAACAAACUUUAAUAUAA